CCCCUCAGUGCCACGGCGGUCCAGAGGAGGCGGGAGGAAGGCUCCGCGCUGCGUGUGGGGCGGGGACCAGGGGGCCAGUGUGGGCCACCUCCAGCGAAUCCUACAACCAGGACUCCGCGUUAGGGGCCGGCCCCAGGAUGGAGGCUCCGGCCAAGAACGCUGGGCAGGGAGGACUCCCCAAGGCUGAUUCCCAGGGAGCCUCCCCAGGCUGGGAGGAGAAGCCCGAGAAGGAACCGAGGUCCCUCGCAUUGGACCAAGCCAGGAAACGCCCCACUCAGAAGGGGAACCUUCGUGGAGGGGCUGCGGGCCGCAGGACGACUUCCCCCGGUGGGGGCUCCUGUAGCUGCAGCCUCGACGUGAACCCCUGCCCGUGGGCCUGUCACAGCGCGGAAGGCGGACCCCUGGCGCGGGAGCCCCGCGGCCCCGCCUGCCCACGGGACCCAGGCCUAUUCACCCCCGAGGGUGAGGGCCCCUGUCGGAGCCUUGCGGGAGCCGAGGGCUCCAGCCACAACUCUUGCCUGGCAUGGCCUCUCAGAGCGCCCCCCGAGGAGAAGGCCCCUGUGUGUGACCACUGCGGCCACCGGGAGUGGCUCCAGAGCUGCUCGCGGGCUCAGCUGCGUGAAGUCCACUCGGACUAUCGGCCGUGCGCACGUAGGACCCUGCAGCCAACCCCUCUCCAGCGGGGACCGUCUGCGAAGUGGCCCGGGGCGUGCGCCUGCAGCGAGGCCUUUGCCUGGAGGGCCCCGCGGGAGCCCCGCCCGUGUGCCGGGUGCGGGAAGCGCUUCGGCCCCAACGAGCAGCAGCAGAUGGGCGAGGGCCCCUCAGUGUGCGCUGAGCGUGGCCAGGACCCGAGCCUUCGCCCGGGUGCCCCCGACCCCCCAGCCCAGCGGCUGUACGCGUGCGACGAGUGCGGCAAGGCCUUCACGCGCACCUCGAGCCUCCUGCAGCACGAGCGCAUCCACACGGGCGAGCGGCCCUACGAGUGCGCUGAGUGCGGCAAGGCCUUCGUGCGCUGCUCUGGCCUCUACCGCCACAAGAAGACGCACUCGGCCGAUCGCGGCAGCCCGGCCUUGGCCCGGCGCUCUUUCCUGCCGGGCUGCCCGCCCUGCGGGGACUGCAGCCGGGAGAGAUCCCGACGGGAGCCUGUUGCCGGCGAGAAGCCCUACGAGUGCGCCGAGUGCGCCAAGGCCUUCGGCCUGCUCUCGCACCUCGUGGAGCACCAGCGCGUGCACACGGGCGAGAAGCCCUACGCGUGCCCCGAGUGCGGCAAGGCCUUCAACCAGCGUUCGAACCUGAGCCGGCACCAGCGCACGCACAGCAGCGCCAGGCCGUACGCGUGCCCGCUGUGCGAGAAGGCCUUCAAGGGCCGCUCCGGCCUGGUGCAGCACCAGCGAGCACACACCGGCGAGCGGCCCUACGGCUGCCCCGAGUGUGGCAAGACCUUCCGCGGCUGCUCCGAGCUGCGCCAGCACGAGCGCCUACACUCGGGGGAGAAGCCCUACAUCUGCCGCGACUGCGGCAAGGCCUUCGUGCGCAACUGCAGCCUCGUGCGCCACCUGCGCACGCACACGGGCGAGCGGCCCUACGCGUGCGGGGAGUGCGGCCGCGCCUUCAGCCAGCGCUCCAACCUGAAUGAGCACCAGAAGCGGCACGCGGGCCGCGCGGCGCCCUGAUAGCCGAGAGCGGCGAGUGGACGCGGUGCGUAGGGGCGGUUGUCACCGAAACCUCACAAACGUUUGUAACCUCUAUUAAAUCUCACUUU